AUUCAAGCGAUUUUCAAGAAAAAAUAGAUAUUCUAAAAGAGUUUCGAUUAUCAAAAAACAAUUUUCAAACAUUUACAGAACUUGAACAAUGUAAAAAUCAUAUUCAAACGACUCCUUCACAACAUCGAAUUACUUUAAUUAUUAGAGAUUAUUUUAGUCAACAAUUAAUACCGGAAAUUCAUGAUCUUGUACAAAUUUCUUCAAUUUAUAUAUAUUGUACAAAUGAACAAUGUCAUUAUUCAUGGAUUGAAAAAUAUCCUAAAGUAAAAGGUUUUUAUCAAAGACUCGAUAUUUUGUUCAAUAAAAUACUAUCUGAUCAAUCUCGAAUACCAUUAAGUAGAUCUGAUGAACAAAUAUCAAUCAGUAUUUUUGAUUCGAAAUUUAGUUCUGAACAAUCCACAACCGGUAUUGAUGGUAGUUUUGUACAAUACCAAUUAUUAAUUGAUUGUCUUCUUAAAAUGAAAACUACUUCAACAGAUAAAAGUGAUUUUAUUUUAAAAUAUCUGGAAUAUUAUAAAGAUAAUAAGCAAGAACUAGAAAAUAUUGACCAAUUCAAGAAAGAGUAUACAUCGGGAUGUGCAUUGUGGUGGUAUACGAAAGAUACGUUUCUCUAUCGUUUAUUGAAUAAAGCACUUCGUCUUCAAGAUAUUGAAUUACUCUAUCUAUUUGGUUUUUUUAUUCGUGAUCUUGAACAAGAACUUCGACAAUGGCAAUAUUUAUCACCUAUUAAUGUCUAUCGAAGUCAAUGGAUGUCUAUUGAAGAAGUAAAAUUAUUAGCAAAUUCAAUCGAUCAAUUGAUUUCGAUUAAUUCAUUCUUUUCAACAACCUUUAGUCAGAAUGUAGCUUUUGCGUAUUUGGGUUCAUCUAAUAGUGAUGAUAAAUUACAAAGUGUUUUAUUUGAGAUCGAAGCUGAUCCUUGUAAAGAUGGCAUGAAGCCAUUUGCGGAUCUUUCAGAAAUCAGUUGGUUUAAUUACGAACAAGAAGUAUUAAUGAUGUUAGGAUCAAUCUUUCGUCUGAAAAGUGUUCUACGUGAUGAGGAAAAUCAUCGAUGGCAUAUUAAAAUGAUUUUAUGUAGUGAUAAUGAUUGUGAUGUACAAAAAAUCUUUCACCAUAUGAAAGAACAAUAUGGUUCGAGUAAUACAAGAUUAGUCUUAUUCGGAAAUGUUCUUAUCGAUAUGGCUAAAUUUAAUGAAGCUGAGCAAUAUUUAGAGCGAUUAUUAAAACAGUUACCAUCGACACAUAAAAGUGUUUAUAAAUGUUAUCAUUCUCUUGGAAAAAUAUCGUUUGAAAAAGGUGAUUAUGAUCGAAGUCUGAAAUAUUUAUGUGAAUGUCUCAAUUUUCUAUCGAACUUAAAAUUAAAUGAUUCUCGAAUCGCAUACAUUUAUAAUAGUAUGGGAGAAGUUUACCAUAAGAAAGGUGAAAUUAAACAAGCAUUAGAAUUAUUUGAAAAGGCAUUAGAAGUUUUCCAGCAAAAUUUUACUGAAAAUCAUGAAUCUUCAGCUUGGUGUUACAAUAAUUUAGGUAUGAUUUAUCUAGAAAUGAAAAAUUAUAAACAAGCAUCGGAUUAUCUGAAGAAAGCAUUAGAUAUAAAAACAAAAGUACUUCCUCAUGGACAUCCCUGUUUAGGUAAUACAUAUACUAAUCUUGGUAAUGCAUAUUACUAUCGCCAUGAAUACGAUGAAGCAUUACGCAAUUAUAAAAUAUCGUAUAAAAUUUUCAAAAGAUCUCUUAAUCCUGGACAUCCUUCAAUCGCAAGAGUACUCAAGAAUAUAGGCUUGAUAUAUGAAGUUCAACAAAACUUGACUGAAGCAAAAAAGAUUUAUGAACACGGACAUGCGAUUCGUAAAUUUUGCUUACCUCAAUGUCAUCCUGAUUUGAAUGAAAUUGAGAACCCAUGUCGUGAGAAUCACCACAAUUUUCGCGAUUUUCUAAAAAAUUGGCGUAAAAUCGUGAUUUAUCGUAUUUCUUUAGAAGACUGA